AUGCAGAGCCGCUGGAGAACUGCACCAGCAGGUGUGCCAUUCAUUGCCUCUUCCACAUCCUUGUUUAUUUUGCUCGUACUUCUGCCGUCGUGACCUAGAACGCUCCGCGGCAGACUGGUCUGGGGAGGCCGCAGCCUCUGGCCCAGGGCAGACACCACCAUGGCCUUCUUGAUGCACCUGCUGGUCUGCACCUUCGGGAUGGGUUCCUGGGUGGCCAUCAAUGGGCUCUGGGUAGAGCUGCCCCUACUGGUGACGGAGCUGCCUGAGGGCUGGUACCUGCCCUCCUACCUCACAGUGAUCAUCCAGCUGGCCAAUGUCAGCCCCCUCUUGGUUACCCUGCUCCAUCACUUCUGUCCUGGCUGCCUUUCCGAGGUGCCUGUUAUCUUCACCGUGCUGGUUGUGGGCACCAUUGCAUGCAUCCUCUUUGCCUUCCUCUGGAAUGUGACCUCCUGGGUGCUGGGUGGUCCCCACAGUGUCACCUUCAUGGUCCUCACCUUCCUCCUGGCCCUGGUGGACUGCACCUCUUCUGUCACCUUCCUGCCCUUCAUGAGCCGGCUGCCCACACACUACCUCACCACCUUUUUUGUGGGUGAAGGAUUCAGCGGCCUCCUGCCUGCCCUGGUGGCUCUUGCCCAAGGCUCGGGUCUUACCACCUGCGUCAACGUCACUGAGACAUCAGACACCACCCCAAGCCCUGUGACCACCAGGAAGACCAACAUCACACAGGGAGCUCACAGCACCCUUGGCCCUGACCUCCCUUGGACGUCAGCCCCCGUGGUCUCUCUGCAGAGCCGCUACCUCCCUGCCCACUUCUCACCCCUGGUCUUCUUUCUCCUGCUCUCUUUCAUGAUGGCCUGCUGCCUCGUCGCUUUCUUUCUCCUCCAGCGUCAGCCCAGGCGCUGGGAAAGCUCCGUGGAAGACCUCCUCAGCUCCCAGGUCACCCUGCACUCCAUCCGGCCACGGGAGGAGAAGGCGCUGGGCCCCCUAGGCCCGGUGGACAGCAGCAAGGGCCAGGGGCAUCUGGAGGAGAAAGUGGUCCCCCACCACCCAGCGUACCUGGCCUUCAUCUAUGUCCUGGUGGCCUUUGUGAACGCACUCACCAACGGCGUGCUGCCCUCAGUGCAGACCUACUCCUGCCUGUCCUACGGGCCUGUUGCCUACCACCUGUCCGCCACCCUCAGCUCCAUGGCAAACCCCCUCGCCUGCUUCCUCUCCAUGUUCCUGCCUAACAGGUCGCUGCCAUUCCUGGGGGUCCUUGCGAUACUUGGGACUGGCUUUGGGGCCUACAACAUGGCCAUGGCAGUGAUGAGCCCCUGCCCCCUCAUGCAGGGCCACUGGGGUGGAGAAGUCCUCAUCGUGAUCUCAUGGGUGCUGUUCACUGGCUGUCUGAGCUACGUCAAGGUGAUGCUGGGCGUGAUCCUGCGCGACCGUAGCCGAAGCGCCCUCUUGUGGUGCGGGGCGGCGGUGCAGCUGGGCUCGCUGCUCGGAGCCCUGCUCAUGUUCCCGCUGGUCAACGUGUUGGGGCUCUUCUCCUCCGCUGACUACUGCAGCCUGCACUGCUCUGCCUAGGCCGGCUGGGGAGAUGUGGACCAUCACAGGGUGCCAACCCCGCCCCCAUUACUAACACCUGGAAACUGGCCCCGAGAGCGGGCCAGGGUCGUGCCCAAGGUCACAGAGCAAGUGGUUGGCAGCUGGGAGGCAGAGCCUGAGUAUUUGAACCCAGAAGGCAAAGUCCCAUUAGGGACUGUGGGGAAUGCUACAGGCCUCCUAGAGGACCUGGAAAUGCGAGGCACAGCCCUGCCCCCAACUCUGUGUCACGGUGCCUGUGAUUGCACCAGUUCAGAACUUCUUUGGCUCUUGAGAGAGAACUGAU